AACGUGUGCAAAACAAAGUGCUGUAAUUCUGGUUCCCAUGUCAAGGCCUAAACACUACAACAAAACUAUUCUGGACUGAAAUCUUGCACAAAUGGCCUGCAAGGACAUCGACACUUCUUCCUAUAUUACAACAAAGAUAAUACUAACAUGAGUGAUGCAGCCGGAGUGACGCAGCAGUGGCAGCAGCCUCUAGAAGGUGAACAAGAAGAGAAAUAAAGAGGGAAACCUGUGAGAGAUCUGACAACAACCGGACAUAGAUGAAGAGGGCUGUCGCUAGCCUCCCAGUUUAGGCCAGAGGAGCAAUGGCACUGGCGUAGACUGCUCUAACGGGUCUAAACAAACAACUAAAACUCAACAGCAGCAGAGGUGUACCAAGAAAAGAUCAUCUAAGAGCUUUGAAGCCAACCUGAAUCCUCCGUCGGCUUUAGCUCCCUCCCAUCCCCCUCCCCUUCGUCUGCAGUGCUGACGCAUCUGGCGCUUUUUACAUCACUUCGGCUGCCUUGCUCUAGAUGACCGUGGUGUCUCCAUGCACUCAACACCUCAUGGAUAGUGCCCACCCUCAAACUGUGCUGUGCAAACUCAAUGAGCAGCGCUCACAGGGGCUGUUCUGCGAUGUGACUAUAGUAGUGGAGGAUGUGAAGUUUCGAGCACACAGAAACAUCCUAGCAGCCAGCAGCGGCUAUUUCAAGAAUGCACUUACAGCGCCUGAAAGUUGGAACUCAGGCCAAAUACUGGAGCUGAUGGAUCUCAAAUCUGAAGUAUUCGCAAAUAUCCUCAACUUUAUCUACUGCUCAAAGGUGACAUCAUGUGGAGCAGAGGACACAUGCAGUAUAGUGGCAGCGGGCAAAAGGCUUGGAAUUCCAUUUUUAGAGAAGUUGUCAGAACAAGACACACAGCACUUAAGCGUGAUUUCAAAUGUUCAAAGUGGCUCUGCUAAACACACAGAUUCCAGUGUGCUGGUGCCUAACAAAACAAAGAAGGAGCUUCCCACUGAAUUAGACAGAGGCCCAAGAAUUACCAAUGCUUUCUCUAUAACUGAAGUAUGCCCCGGAAACAAUCCUUUUACCCCUUUGGCACAGGCCACUGGAGAGAGGCAGUCACCUGAUGUAGGACAGCUCCCAUCAAACUACCCUGUGCCCUCCUGCUUUAGUGUGAGCACUGAGACCACCCACACCCUCUCAGAGCACUCAUAUGCUGUGAGCCAGACUGCAGAUGCAGGUGAUAACAGCCAGAGGGACAACAAGAAGCAGUUUUGUAAACCCUCUAUAUCACAGUCAAAGCAACUCAUGUAUCGGAAUGCAGGCCCUCUUAAAAAGCGCCACAGGUUGAGAGCCACUCUGACCAAAAGUAUCUUUCCCACGCCAGGCGAAGCACACAUAGAUAACGUCAGUACAGCAGCUCAAACAUUAGAUAAUGAUGGUAGUGUAGCACCUGCUGCAGUCCUGACACCACCCACUCUCAUUUCAGCCGAAAACAUAGACACCACUUUUGACUGUGGACCACCCAUAGCUGCAGAUGACGCCUCAAAUGAACUGGGUCCACCUCCACUCUCCCCCCAAACCCAAGAAAGCAUUUCAGUCUACAAUUGUAACCACUGCCCAGAGCUUUUCACAACUCAGGCACUUCUUGCCAUCCACAAAACGAUCCAUAAAAAACGUUUUGUCGGUCAUUUGCUAUGUAAGUUUUGUCGCAGAAAAUUCAUACAUCUAAAACGUCUUCGCAACCAUGAACAAGUGUGUCCAAAAGCUAAUAGAGGCCCACCCAAAAAUCUUACACAGACAGCCCCCUCAGAGGUAGAAUCAUGCUCCCAAAAUGAAUCAAAUGAGGAGAAUGUGACAAGAGAGCCCCACUCCCCUGGCAUCUGUACCACUGACAUCCCAGAGUCUGAAACUACGGACCAAUCCAAUCAGUUAAGAGGAGAAAAGACAAUAUUGACAAGUGUCAGUCAGAGGAGAUAUAACUGCAGUGUGUGUAAGCGAGUCUAUGUCACACUUUCCAGUCUGAAGCGGCAUGAAAAUGUACAUUCCUGGCAAAGGGCCUAUCCAUGUCAUUACUGUAACAAGGUGUUUGCAUUGGCAGAGUACCGGACCAAACAUGAAAUCUGGCACACGGGAGAGAGGCGUUAUCAGUGCAUAUUUUGCCUUGAGACUUUCAUGACAUACUAUAUCUUAAAAAACCAUCAGAAGUCAUUUCAUGGCAUCGACCCCAGCCUGGCCGUGAAAAAGAAAUCAGCCAAUGGUGGAAUCAAAGCUAGCGUUUAUCCAAUCAAACUGUACAGACUAUUGCCAAUGAAAUUCCGUAAAACACGAUAUAAAACGUACAGUAACACGUGGUCCACUGCGUCUGAAACAGGAGAACAGGGUGCACAAGACAAUAGCCCUCUUAUGCCUUCGUUUGAGGAGAGCUCCCAUAAUGCACCUCUCCCUUUGACAUUCAUGGUCACAACAAAGACCGUAGCACCAAUUGUUCCUCAUAUCACUGUUGACAAACCUUGUGACCAGGGACUUGGCCAGAGCAAGAACUCUGAAAAAGACAAUAAUACCACAUUCAUGAGUUAUAACAGCACUCUCCCUUUACAAUUGGACACAGAGACUUCCACAGAUCCUUCAAGUGUACUCAUCAACUCUUUAAACAACAUCAAAAAGCUCAACGAACUGUCAGCUUCAGCUAAAAAGGUUGAAGAAAUGACCAAGGAGCUGCUUCAGUCGGACAAUCUCCUACAACGCAGAAAUGAAAAGACUGAAACUUAUAUAGCCAAACCUGCGUGUCUCGGUCCAUCUGCAGAUGGCAACCCUCUUCCUCUGUGUCAAAUCACUGUAAAGAUAGGCAACGAAGCCAUCAUUCGCCGCCGAAUCAAAGGCUCUAAGCUCUUUCCUAAGAAGAAAAGAAGAAUUACUGAGUUUGGAAAAGCAGGCAAAUCUAGCCUAGACUCAAGUAUUAGACAAGAUGCUCCCACGACAGCAGAAGAUCCAAAUGACUGUGACAAUACUGACAUGCUCUGGCGCCCGUACUAUUCUUACAAAGCUAAAAAGAAGAAAAAGAAAAUGAGGUUUGACAAGCACAUAUAUGGUGGGCUUAUUGAUAGCGAGGUGGGUAAAAGUAGUAGGGGGGCAGAAGAACGUAUCUCAACAGGGAAUGGGGAAUUGAAACGUAGCAUCUCAAGGUAUAACUGUGACAUUUGUGAUAGUUCGUUUAUAACAGAAAAUGGCCUGAGAGCGCACAUCAUCGGUUCUCAUCCAUGUUUUUGUAGAACGUGUGGUAAACAGGGUCCCCCAGGUGAGGUGCCAGCCGGAGGUGAUUAUGUCUGUAAGAAUUGCAUGGAGAAUGGAUCUUGUUUCGAUAGCCAGCCUCGAAGUCCAGGGAUGGAGAAGAAGUAUCGUUGUUCCUUCUGUCCACAGCGUUUCCUCUAUCUGGCAACCAAGAACAGCCACGAAAAGAAACAUCAGAAUUCAAAUGAUGGCGAGUUUAACUUUGAGGGAUUCUCGCCAAAGUAUUCAGGAAACCAAAGCGAAGACAAUAAGGAAGAUAUUGUCAAAGCAGAGGAUAGUGAUGAUAGCCACCAUAACAUGAAUAUAAAAAGUGAGGAGGAAAAUUAUUUGAUAGACAAACCUAAAUAUGAAGAUGCAGAUUUCAUGUCCACAUAUGAGGACAGUGCAUAUUCAAAUGUCAAAAGUCCACUCUCACCUUGUUUCGAACCACAGUUUACCUCAGCACACCCUAAGGUCAAGCAUAAAAAGAGUAAAAACAGACACGAGGACCUGCAUUCUAAAGAUUCUAUGCACCUAACUCCAAAAAAGAAAUUUAAAAAGGAUGGUAAAAAAGACGUCUGGUCAGGAUUAAAUAGUGGUUUUAAGAAGUCAAAGAAACUGUUAUGGAGUGGAGAGGCUAAAGAUAGCGCCAUUUCAAAGUGGGUGUGUAAAGAGGAACCAUUCAGUGAAGAUAUUUAAUUCUGCUAAUAUUUCAGUGUUUUUCUCACUUUUGUAUUCAUUUUUCAAAAACCUAGGACUUCCUGACACUUCCGAACUCUUGUACUGUCUAUGCAUAAAGCUGUAGUGUAUGCACAUUGCACAAUAAUUAGCUUUUAUUAAAGAAUUUAAUGUUACUUUGAGAAACCGUUUAAAUCACAUAUUUAAGUAACAUGUUUUGCUCACUGUAAAUUGCACUUUAUGGUAAAUAUACCUGUGACAUUUCAACUUAAAAGGAAAAAAAAAAUAUUUGUGAUAUACUUUCUAACACAACCACUCAAAAUGAAGUUUGUUUAAUAUGUUUGCUGUUUGAAAUGCAACAUAAAUUCUAUUUAAAUAAAAGUUGAUCAU